CUCUCUCUCUCUCUCCAUGCACAUGUGACAUCUGUGUUAGCAAAACGUCAUAACACAUCAUAACCUUUUCGUGAACGCAGGCCCGUCCAAGCCCCCGACUACUAUUUUCAUCUUUUUACUCAAUUUCCGGUCGCGAUUUUUAUUCCAUUUCCCUUUCAGCUUUUCCUUUAAUCUUUUUUUUUCUAGCCUGUGCAUCCCGUGUUAGUGAAAGCGGUUCUCUCGAGUGACGUUUACAGUUUUUUUUUCCAAAAAAAAUAUGCUAGGAGAAUGAUAAUGUCUAUAGUAGACUUACAUGAAAAAAUAUCCCUCUACUAUUCGUUCAACAAUAUUCAGUCAGUGCUUAUUUCCACAAAGUACGAUACAUAAAGACACUGAGAAAUUGAAACUAAAACAACUUCCUUACAGUAGUCAAGGCCGACCAACCCAAACUCCCCCCCUACCGCCACCCCCUCGAUGUCAGGUGCUCUCCAGACACGCCUAAUGUGCCCUUGAUUACCAUUACCGAGAGAGUUGACUGAGCGUAGUGUAAACCGCGAUCUUGGUUAUAAACGUUCUUCACUUUGUAAAGGUCGCACGUGAAUUCGUUCCAACUGAACAAGCUCGUUCGCCAUCUGUUGAUAAUUGUUCAGGUGCUACCUGAUAUUACCUGACAAUAAUUGCUGAUGCGGAGUAUUUAUAAUUCUUGGGUAAGAAGUGGUUGUUGAACAAUCUGCCAACUGUUUAGUUUAUUUACACACGAAAUGGGCUCACUAUUUCAUUGGCUGGGUCCCUGAUACCAAAGUAUUUACUGUGCAGUGUUACUUACCUGGCACCAGCCUCCAAUAGAUGUCUUGGAAUAUUCUGCAUGAUGAACGUUAUCCAAUCCUCAUGUCUGGCUUAGCAUGCUUCGUUUGACUUCAUAGGAAAUGUAAUGACAGUCUUCCUUCAACUAAAACAAGCGGUGUGCAAUGUGUUAGAAAAUCCCGCAAUAGUUACAAGACACAUUUUGGUAAUACUAGAAACAGAUAUAACACUGCAACUAAAUUACAUGAGAACUUCAGCCUCAUUCACAUAAAUCCUUCAAAUUUUAGCGAUUGUAGUCCUAAACCUCAGCAAUCUCCGCACAAGUGAAUGAAAAAAGAAAAGAAAAUGACAAUACCCACGAACUCCCUCGAAGAAGAAAACACGAGCGCCAUUUACGAAACAAUGACUAGCUCGCUCGAAAAUACCACCCCGUCCCUCCCAUCACCGUGGGCGCGAAACAUGGCUAUCAUCUCCGGGCUGGCUGUCUCCCUCAUAGGCGGCUUGGGGAACCUUGUGGCUGUGACCGUCCUUGUGCAGCAGGCGAUGACGCGUCGAACUCAGCGAGUCCUGAAGGUGACGGCAGAUAGCGUGCUGGUUUUGCAGUUGGCUGUCGUCGACUUGCUGUAUUGCACGGUGUCUCUGCCAUUGAGUGUUGCGUCUUACCUCCAUGGGGAAGAGGUGCCGGGGCCUCUAUGUGCCUUCGCAGGGUUCUUCCGUCUGCUCAACGCCAACGUCGAAUUCAACACCCUGGGACUGGUGGCUCUUGAGAGGAGUUACCACAUCUACCGAGGACGCAGCGGCGGUGGAGUCUUCACGCUGGGGAGGACGAGAGGGUACUGUGUGGCGCUGUGGUUCCUCGGCUUUGCGUUUCAACUGCCUGGCAUUUCGAUGAAGAAAUACGGUUUUAAUCCCCUGACGUACAAAUGCGACCUGCUUUUCACGUCGCCGGGGGUCAGGGGGCUGCUGGUGGGACUGGAGGUCAUGCUGCCCUUGGUAAUCCUGAUGGCUUCCUAUGUCGCCAUCCUCCGUCGCGUGAGGAGGUCGAAGGCGCUGCUGGCUGGGUUUUCGACGUCCAAGGAAGCGAGCGGACGCUCUGCUUUCCUGGCCCGACGCUACAGGUCAGCAGGACGAAGCGUUUUGGGCUUAACCAUCCUGUAUUUCGUGUGUAUCCUGCCCAUGGCCGUUUACAACAUCGUGGACGAGAACGGUUACUAUAAGGAUAUCGGCAUCGUCCUCAACUGCCUUUAUUGGAUUCAGUAUGCGGCGAAUACUGCCAUUUACGCCUUCACUAACAGUAGGUUUAAUAAAGCCUUUCGGAUUCUGGUGAGCUGUAGAAGAGGCGACAGAGUGCGGCAGAACGCAGGAGAAGGCAUCAGACACGUCGGUGGAGCCUUCAGCUGCUCCUUCAGGAGACCCGGUGACUCGUCCUGGUGCUAGUCCCUGAAGUCAUGUAGUACAACGUAUGCAUGUAUUUUAUGGCUAAUCACACAAACAUACGCACGCGCACACACUCACUCUCUUUCAUACACACGUUGGUGGAGGCUUCUGCUCCUCCUUCAGGAGACCCGAUGGGCCGUCCUGGUGCUAGUCCCUGCAGUCAUGUGCACGUAUUUUAUGUUUAAUCACACAUGCAAACACGUGCACACUCACACUCACUCUCAUAAAAGACACAUCUCAAUCAUUUACACACACCCCGUCACACACGUUUGUAAAUUUGUUUACCGAUAUGUGUAUAUAGGGUUUAUGUGAUUAUAACGUGUUAUAAUAAUUAAUACGAACCUCUGAA